AUGGGCUCCCGUGCCAAAGACAUAAAAACCGUACGCGAUUUGAACUCGUUAACUCGGCUCGGUGUAUGGCUCCUGGAACGGGAACGGACACGAUUUCUCAAUCACUAUGCGAAAAUCAGGGGUGAUAAUAUGAUGCGUGCAAUCAGUGCUGUGGCGCAACAUCAUGCUGCUUUGUACUCCCGCAUACAUUCACGUUCUGGUGCCAUUAAGAAUGUGCUCAAGAAAGCAGCUGGCCGUGGCGAGAAGUUCGACCGACGUCUUGGUGACGUGGAUGGAGGAGAAUCGGAAGGGGCAUCUCUGAUGGCGGGCUGUCUUCUGGCACUGUUAGAGGUUGAAGAAGCGAUCAUGGUGAAGACGAUACCCGAUACCACUCGACGUGCUCAGGUCUUUCGUGAACUGGUCGCUAAUCCGCUCAGUUUUGUCAUUCGACACAUCCAGCGAGUUGUACAAGAAAGUGACAAAGGAGUGCUUCCUCUUCUCCCUCUGUUACGAUUUCUUUCCGCUCAUCAAACUCGACUCCAGAAUCUCGCAACAAAUAGUAUGGCUGAUGUUCCUUUCGAAGCGCUAAUGCGGCUGCUUCGUGUGAAGUCCUCAUCGUACAUUAACGAAUUUGUUGAGAAGUUGAAGAAUGACAACAGCAAGCUGCCUUUGGAUGGAAAUGUUCAUCCAAUCACUGUUACUACUAUAAAUUUCCUUGCAACUUUAACGGUUCAUCGCCAUACGGUAACUCAGCAAUUGCUCCUCAUGACUGCACCUCAAGGAACAAACUCAGCACUUCUGCUGCCAAAACUUUUCGGUACGUUCAUUUCGACUUUUUUGUUAUGUCGCGUUUUUUGCGUUUCGGCUAUAUACGUGCGGUACCCACAACUCCAUUUUCUGCUAGUAACCUCGCUGAUUCAACACCAAAUUUCUUCGGCCAUU